GUCUGACCGAAACCAGAGUCGUCCCGACAUCAGACGGGGCAAGUAAGCAAGGCACUCUUCUCUCGUCAGAGCAACAACCACCGCAUUCAAUCGCACGCAAGCAAUAACAGUCAAAAGUGGUGUUCGUGAAACCAUUGGCAACGGUGGUCAUAGUGAAACAAAAAUGUUUGAAAAGAUGAAAUACCUGUGCCUUGUUCUUGGCAUAUGCUCGAACUUUGCGUUCGCAAUGCCCAGCAACAACAACAACAACAACAGGCCCGGACUUUUGUCGCCAGUUUUCGAAUGGAAGCAGAUGGAGUUCGAAUACGAGAGCGAAGCGGCUAAGCAGAGAGACAUCGCGAGCGGAUUUUACGUUCCGCAUGUUCCGGCUCCUAUCGACGUCGACGUUUCUUAUUCAGGAAGUGGUAGCAAGGUGUUCGUGACGAUACCCAGAUUCCAGGUGGGCAGUCCCGUCACUCUGGGUUCGGUUAACAGCAAGAACCAAGUGGUGCCGUAUCCAUCGUGGAGUUGGCAUCGCAACCCCGAAAGCUGUUUACCGGAUCGUCUGAUUUCAGUUUACAGAAUCAAGAUCGACGAGUGCGGACGCAUGUGGGUAUUGGAUACUGGUCGCUAUGGAGACCAUCAAACUUGCGAACCGCAGAUCAUCGCCUUCGAUACGAACACCAACGCAGUGCUGCAUCGUUUCACGAUUCCCAAAAAUUUGCUAGAGUCGCGCUCAGUCCUUGUAACGCCGAUCAUCGAUAAUCGCGAUAAACAGUGUCGCGACACAUUCGUCUACGUUGCGGAUUGCCAAACUUAUUCAAUCAUAGUUUAUGACGUCAAGCACGAAAAGGCGUGGAAGGCCACAGAUAAAACCAUGUAUCCUUAUCCCAAUUUCGGUACUUACAGGAUUCAAGGAGACAGCUUCGACUUGAUGGACGGCGUUUUGGGCAUGGAUCUGGAACGCUACCAUCCCGAUAAAGACAGGAAGCUCUUCUACCACGCGAUGUCCAGCCCGACGGAGAAUUGGGUGUACACCUCUCAUCUGCGUAACGAAACUCGCUUCAAGCACAGUCCGGAAUCAUCGCCGGAGAUCUUCAACACGCUACUCACCAACAGACCAUCGCAAUCGGCGGCCGAGGCCAUCGACAAGGACGGAAUUAUGUUCUUCGGACUGAUGACCGAAACCAGCAUCAACUGCUGGAACACCGCCAACGUCGAGUACGGCAGGUACAUCGACACCGUCAUCAAGGAUACGGUUCGUCUGCAGUUCGCCAGCGGAGUCAAGGUGGUAACCAAUUCGAGGGGACAGCAGGAGCUUUGGACUUUGACCUCUAGAUUCCAGAAGCUCGCCGCGGGCACCUUGAACCCAAACGACGUCAACUUCAGGGUGAGCGCCGGCAAAGUGUCCGAUCUUCUGGACAAGACCAAGUGCAGGACAAAGAUGAGCGGCGCCAGCACGUACGGCGGAGGCUACACCGGCUCCAGACCGACGUUCGGAGUGCGCUCCACCCUCGACGAGGAUGCCAUAAUUAUGCCAUCGGGCUUCGAAGCCAUAGCCAACUAACUUUAACGAAACUGGAAUAAGAAAAAUAUCUAUAAUUAUACACAAACAUACCGUAAUAAUUAAGUACACUGUAAGUAUUGUUGCAAAGAAACAUGCCAUUCGUAUUAUUAGCGCUUAGCCGAAAAAGUAUAAUUGUGAUUCGUCGACGAAUAGAAGAAGACGAAAAAGCAGAAUCGUUUUCUUCAUUUCGCCGUGCGAAAUAGUGCAAAAAGUUGUGUAGAAAACAAAAAAAUAAAUUUA